AUAAUGGAAGAGAAUGGAUGUCUGAAAUAUCCCAGUUAAUGCAAGAAUAUGGUGUCACAAUUCGAAUAAUAGGGCCCUAUAGCCAUAGAGGUCUUGCAAUGGUGGAACGUUUUAAUAAGACAGAAGGGGACAUGCUCUAUAAGAUUCAGUAUGCUGUUGAGUCUAUAUCUUCUGAACCAAGAUUAAUAAGAGCAUGGGUUAGACAUUUACCAAAAGUUGUUGAUUAUCUAAACA